CACGUGAGAGCGCCUGUGCGUGUGCAUGAGUUUGUGUGCGCGCGUCGGUAGGUCACGAUGAGUUUAGUAUCAGGCUUUCCUCAUCAUCCGGUCAUGCACCACCACGACAGCCACCACUACUCCCUGCACGCAGCCGCAACGGGUCGGUGUCACGAGGACACGGGAGCGCCUCCUUAUUUCACGAGCUGGCUCAUUAGUCACGCGGAUAUGUCGCCCACCGAAUACGGCCUCGCGCCGGGCUACAGCCCUGAUUACCACUGCAACGGUGGCACAGGGGCCGUAGGUGGCCUAGAUCCUCACCACCACCAUCACCACUACGGACACGGUGCUUUGGUUCCCGGAGCUGGCGCCAUCUCUGUUAAUGGAGCCCAGGUGGGUAUGCAUCACCACCACGCACAUCCACGCACAGUAAAGCGGAGACCCACUGCAAACCGGAAAGAGAGACGGCGGACUCAAAGUAUCAACUCGGCUUUCGCGGAACUGAGGGAGUGUAUCCCCAAUGUCCCCGCCGACACUAAGCUGUCCAAGAUCAAGACGCUUCGGCUGGCUACCAGCUACAUCUCCUACCUGAUGGACAUCCUGGACAAGGACGGCCAACACGGAGACACUCAGGCAUUUAAGGCCGAGCUGAAGUUAACAGAGGCGCGGGAGGAGCGGAGGAAGCGGGACACGGUGGAUGUCCCCAAGAUGGCGUCAUCGUCUUCUUGCUCGUCGUCGUCCUCAUUGUCACUGGGAGACAAGAAGACUAAAGGGAGGACAGGAUGGCCCCAGCACGUCUGGGCUCUGGAACUCAAGCAGUAACUUCCACCCUGAAGGUCAAUUGCACCCCGUUCCCCUCUGCUCUGUCUUCGGCAGCGGGACGAUCAUGGUGCUCUUAGAUGAAUUAUAUUAUCAUCGCCUUUUGUCCAGUAUAGACCUCGGGCCACACACAUCCCUUCCUCACAAGGAAAAUGAAUAAAUAGACCCGGUAGAAAAUUAUGGAGGUUUAUCCCUGUCGAGGGGUGGUUACCUGCUGUUUGCUAUCAUUUUCGACCUGCAAAAUCCUUAAACUGUUACCUCAGUUAACAAAUAAACUAAACACUGCAACGGGAUAUUUAAAUGGUCAUCAUAAUACUGACUGCAUUGCCAAUGUCAGUAGGCUAAAUUAGCACGUCAGGUUUGUGGAGGUUAAAUCGUGGACAGCGUUUCUGCAUGUCAAUCGAUUUUCUGAAUUUUAAUAGAUGGUUUAUUAGCAGCAUGGGAUGCCAGAAAAAAACCCUUGAGGUUUGUUCUCUUUUAAUUACUGAAAAUAAACACAAGUAGACUACCUGAAGAUAUUAGAACCACUCGUCCUUUGGGCCACAAAUUUAA